UUGACAGUUGAAAGGCUGCCAAACAGAGGCUGACUGAUGCUGCCCGCUGCGGUCUCCCUCACUGAGCGGUGGCCCUACUCAACUUCCACUCACCUCCUUCUCUGUCUGGCUCCACCGAACCGCACCGAACCCUACAAAACCAGAUUUUUAUUUAGUUAUUUUUUUUAUAUACUGCUUGGUCUUUUUUAACCAGAGCAUCCUUCUUGGGCAUCCUAAAACAAGCGGGUCUGCGGGAGGAAAGCGUGGCUGAGCUGAAGAGAUGCCUCACGGGCGGCUCGGUUCAGGGCAUCCCGAGCACCGAUCCGCGGAGAAAUGCUGAAGCUCAGCGGCAGCUCGGUGGUCGCGGCGCUGCUUCUCUCGGUGGUCUGCGGCUCUUUUUUCUUCUGCGAGUAUCUCAUCUACUUCCCGACCAUCCUGAAGUGCGCCUGGCCGCAGCUGAGCCAUGCCCGGGGCGGGGAGGGCGCAGAGCCGGCGCUCCGCGCCAUGGUGCUGUCAGACACCCAUCUCCUCGGAGCUGUGGGGGGCCACUGGUUCGACAAGCUCAGGAGGGAAUGGCAGAUGGAGAGGGCUUUCCAGACCGCGCUUUGGCUCCUAAAGCCUGAAAUAGUCUUUAUUCUCGGGGAUAUCUUCGACGAAGGCAAGUGGAGCUCCCAGAAGCACUGGGAAGAUGACGUGCGCCGCUUCCACAGGAUGUUCAGACACUCCACUGACACAGAACUGGUCGUGCUGGUCGGCAAUCACGACAUUGGUUUCCAUUAUGAGAUGGACUGGUUCAAGCUGCAGCGCUUUGAAAAGGUCUUCAACGCCUCCUCCACCAGGAUUGUUACCAAAAAGGGAGUCAACUUCCUGCUGGUGAACAGCGUGGCCCUGCACGGUGACGGCUGUCCCAUCUGCCAGUCAGUGGAAAAAGACCUGAUCAAACUCUCCAAGGACCUCAACUGCUCGCUUCAGAAGUCGCAGUCUGACAGCAAAGAGACAGAGAAAUGUGAGGGCUCACAGACGUAUCCCCCCACCGCCCCCAUCAUGCUGCAGCAUUACCCUCUGUACAGAGUGAGUGACGCCAGCUGCACUGGGGAGGAUGCAGCACCGCCGGAGGAGCGACACCUGCUGUUCAGAGAGAAGUAUGACGUGCUGUCCAAAGAGGCUUCUCAGCGGCUUCUGCAGUGGUUUAAGCCCCGGCUCAUCCUGAGCGGACACACCCACAGCGGAUGUGAGGUUCUCCAUGACAACAAGUACCCAGAAAUCAGCGUGCCGUCUUUCAGCUGGAGGAACAGGAAUAACCCCAGCUUCAUCCUGGGUCGUCGUGCUGCUGGACGCUCUGCCCAGCUUUCCUGUCCCCGCAGAAGAAAAGCUUCCUCACAGCAUGAUGCUGCCACCACCAUGUUUUACGGCGUCGGUGUCCUCAAGCGGUUAUUCCCUCUCCAAAUGUUUCCUGCCGGAGGAGAGCACGGUGAUCGGGGUCUACUGCUCGGCCGGCGCCUGCCUGCUGCUGCUCAUCCUGGCUCACUGCCUGUGGAUGAAGGGGCUGCUGCAGCUUAGCCUCUGCCUGCUGGGGAAGCACAAGUCUCUGUAAACCACGUCACCCAGAGUGCAACUUGUCUGUUAGUGGAGCUGAUCUCUGACUGGGCUGUGGAUCUGUCCACACAUCCUCAGUUGGAUUGUUGCAGUGAACACAAAGCUGUAAAUAUAUUUAAAAUGUGUAAAUCAGUGCUGGCAUUGAUGAUGAAGGUGAUGAUGAUGUUAUUUGAAAUUGAGAUAUUUAUGGACAGGAUGUCUUGGUAAAAGCUGCUCCCUCUGCAUUGGGUUGUUGGGGUUAAAGGAGAGGUGUAAAUAUUUUGGUGGUGAGUUAAAGGUGCUUUCUGUGAAACAAGUCAUUUCUUAAACUUUGUUUUUUUUUUUUAUCUUUCCUCGAUGUCCAUCUGUCUCAGCUGCUCAUUGUUUUUCAAAUCUAUACCAAGUUAUAUUAUUUAAUUCACGACUCUUUGUGCCAAAUUGUUGACCGUUUACAAUGAGAUGUUCUUAAUAAAGAGUUUUCUGGUGAAAAAAAAUGUUCAACAAGCAACUGAACAAAAUAUAGUUCUUUCUGAUACAAAUCAACCUAAAAUAAACAACCAAUGAAUUAGUUGGAAAUGGUUCACCCAAA